AAACCAAGUGUGAAUGUCACUGACAUAAAAACCCACGUGGCACUCUUCCACCAAAAACCAAUAAACUCCAUGUACACAAGACACAAUACAAUACGCACGGCGGGCUAUUGUACUCAGAAAACCCCACACACACAGUGAGUAUCGUAUCGUGUGUGUAUAUAGACUCUGAUGAACCCUAAAGACAAUUCAACAAUCUCUCACUCUAAGUCCGAUUCUUUCAAUCAUUCAAUGGAAUACCAGCUUGAUACGAAAGUGCUCCAAUUUCAAAAUCUUAAGCUUGUUCAGAAGUUAGAAGCUCAAAAGGUUGAGUGUACUGCUCUUGAGAACAAGUAUAGUCAGCUGAGGGACAAACAAUUACCUUACGAUAAUACAUUGGAAGUGGUUCAUAAGGCUUGGGAAGAGGUCGUCAUUGAUUUGGAGUCAAGUUCCAAACGCUUAAAGAACCGUGCGGGAUUAUGUUUAGGUGCUAGAAAUGAAUUUAAUGAAGAUGAUUGCUCAUCUCCGCGGGAGGAUGAAUUUCUUAAACGACUUGUAGAAACUGGUGCAACAGAGAGUAGCUUUUUGAGUAACAUCCACAGUCAGGUGAAUGAAGUUAGACAAGCAGUAGGUGAAAGAACCAAGAUGAUUUUAUCUAAUCUGGUCGGCGGGAUUAAUGAUCUUUGGUGCUUAAAGGGAGGAUUAUAUGCUUCAGCUCAAAAUCCAGAAGAUGGUUACUGCAGGCAGAAUACAAGUAUUAAAAUGGAGGAAGAGGUUAAAACACUUAGAUUGCUAGUAAGUGAUCUUCAUUUAAAGCAUAGAACACUUUCUAGUGAAUUGCAGAACCAGCGAGAUAUCGAUGCGAAAAAUAAAGCUCAGCUGAAACAUCUAAAAGCGGAGUUGGACAGUACUAUAGCUGAACUUGAUGAAAGCAACUGUAGACUAGCAACCUUAAAAGCAGAAAAAAAUGCUGUGAAGGGAGUAAAUUUCCCUGUCCUUGUCGGGAAUAAGCAUGUUGCUAGUGAGAGGGCAAGGAAUAAACAAGAAGAUUUGCAUGAUAUGGAGUCUACACUGAAGGACUUGCUGGAUCAAUCUUCUUCUCGACUAAUUGAACUCAAACGUCUCUAUGAAGAAAGAAUUGGAUUACUAAAGCAAUUAGCCGAUCUUCAGAAUACUUUGAAGAGUGUGAAGUUCGUAUCUUCCUCCCGGGCUUACUUACUGGUAAAAGAUCAGCUUGCUAAGGCGAAAGCAUCUGUACUCCAGUAUCAAGUUUUAUAUGAAAAGUUGCAGGUUGAGAAAGAUAACCUUGCAUGGCGGGAAAAGGAGAGUAUCAUGGAAAGUGAUGUAGUUGAUGUCUUCCAUCAAUCCACGAUAGUUAAUGAAUAUAGGAUAGAGGAGUUAGAAAAGGAAAUAGAAAAGCAAGUUAGUUCGAGGCUUUUAAUUGAAACUAAGCUCGAAGAAGCAUCAAGAGAACCUGGUCGGAAGGAAAUUAUUGCAGAAUUCAAAGCAUUGGUUUCUUCGUUUCCUGAUAACAUGCGGAGCAUGCAAGAGCAAUUGACUAAAUACAAAGAGGUUGCUUCUGAUGUUCAUUCUCUGCGAGCUGAAGUUCAAUCUCUUUCAGAUGUUUUUAAUCGAAAGGCGAAAGAGGUGGAAACAUUAUCUGUUAGAUCUUCUGACCAGGUUGCUGAGAUAAAGAAGUUGCAAGCCGUGGUUGAAGAUUUGAAGGAAAGUGAUUUGGACUUGAAGCUAAUUUUAGAAAUGUAUAGAUGUGAAUCUAUUGACUCAAGGGACAUCUCAGAAGCUAGGACUGCGGAAAAUAAAGCGUGGGCUCAAGUUCAGAGCCUAAAUUCUGCCCUUGAUGAGCAAAAUUUGGAAUCACGAGUUAAAAAAGCUGUCGAAGCUGAGGCUACUACUCAACAGAAGUUAGCUGCUGCAGAAGCCGAAAUUGCCGAUUUAAGACAGAAUUUUGAAAAUUCUAGGAGGGAAAAAGUUAAACUUUCUGAUGUGCUGAAAUCGAAACAAGAGGAGAAUGAAGUCUACCUAUCUGAGAUAGAGACUAUAGGACAGGCAUAUGAUGAUGUACAAACUCAAAACCAACAUCUUUUGCAGCAAAUCACUGAAAGAGAUGACUACAACAUGAAGCUUGUUAUCGAGGGUGCACGUGCAAGACAAUUGAGAGAUACAAUUCUCAUGGAAAAGCAAACCAUGUACAGAACAUUUCAACAAGCUAGUUCAUUGGUUGAUUUUUUUGAGACUAAAACUUCCAGGAUAGAAGAUCAGGCAAGAAUGUGCUCAGAUCAAGUUCAGAGACUUGCGGAAGAUAGGGUUCAAAAAUCAGUUUCCUUGGAAAACACACAGAGGAGGCUGUCAGAUGCGAAUAAAUCAUCUCAGCGCAUGACAAAAUUAUUGGAAGAAUCACAAUCUAAGCUUGCAAGAAAGCGAGAUGCUCUUGCCAACCUGCAGAUAGAACUUGAGAAAGAGAGAUAUGAGAGGAAAAGAGUUGAAGAGGAGGUAGAAGUUGCAAGGAGAAAGGUUUUGCGUUUACGGUCAGAAAUAGAAGGAUCACCUGUGGUCCAGAGGCUCCAACAAGAGCUUAAGGAAUACAAGGACAUCCUGAAGUGCAGUAUUUGCCUUGAAAGGCCGAAAGAGGUUGUAAUCACGAAGUGCUAUCACUUGUUCUGUGGCCCCUGUGUUCAAAAGAUCGCCGAAGGGAGGCAUCGCAAGUGCCCAGUCUGUGCGGCAAGCUUUGGGGCCAAUGAUGUGAAGCCUGUUUAUAUUUAAUUGGCUCUUGGGAAACCUCACUAUCUUGUUUUCUUUUUCGCGGUGACAUCAUCAGAUGCAGUUGCUGGUUUGCAUUUGUGGGUACAGGCGGUUUGCCAGUAUAUGUGACUUUUAUUUAUAAAAGAAGCAUCUGACAGGAGAUGGUGGAAGUUUAAUUUUAUGUAUUUGCAGCCCCCUUGCAUAUAUGAAUAUCUUUUACAAGGUGGUCAGAUUUUUUUAAAACAGUUCUGACAUUUGCGUAUCAUGUUCUAUUUAGAGCAAUUAGAUGAUAUAUGACAUCUGUGGAUGAUCAGAAUUGGUGUAGUUAUAGGAGAUAGGAUGUGGGGGACUUGCUGGUGGCAGUGAGUUAUUUUACUACUUAUUCUGUAGGCUUAUACUUUCAGUUUUGCUAGAGAGUUUGAUCAUUUGGAAUUGUUUCUCCCAAAGUUUGGAGCCAAAGGGCACAUCAAAGACAUUAGAUUCAGCUUAAUUGUCUCCCUUCGUAAAUUUUUAUGAAUAUGUUUCAGUGUA